UUUGCUGAACGUACACAAACUUUGUCAAGCAAGGGGUUGCUAGCUAUGCCGCGCAAAAGGAAAGUAGUUGAAAGUAAAGCAGGAGGAGAUGCCAGUUCAUCCAAGAAGUCAUGUCCCGAUGGAUUAGGUGGGGCAACCAUUGAUUCAUGCACGGUUCGCUUCGAGUGGGAAGGCGAUAAAAAUGUAUGGACUCAGUAUGCCAGCAGUGUCAAUGAGUCGGUGUGUGCUGCUGUAGCUAAUGGAUUGAAAGAGAUUGAUUUUGCUGUUGGAAAGACGUCCUUUACUGUCAAGUUGGAAACAAUGGUCCAGAAAAACAAGAAAACUGGAUGGCAAAGACGUCUCAGAUGUUGUGUACAGGAAGAUGGGGGAUUCUAUGUAUGGCAGUGGGAGGAUGAGAAAGGGAGGUGGAAUCCCUACAGCUACGAUGUCGCGGUUAAAUUGGAAAAGGCUCGACAGCUCAAGGAGACUGAAGUAGAUAUAUCGGCUUGUGCUCGAUCUUACAGUGUGGACAUCUCAGCCAUGGAACAAACCAAUACCGCUACAGAUGUAGUGAGAAACGUAGCCAGGAUCAAGUCAGAUGCAGAAGAAGCUUCGGGAGAAGAACCAACAGUAACCAGUUCCCUGAAUGAUACUGCAGCAACAAAAUCAGGCAAGGGAAAGGUCAAGGCAGAACCAGUGGACAAUGAGGCAACAAAAUCUGGGGGGAGUGCUGCAAAAAGUGGAGGAAAGGCUUCAAAAUCAGGCAAAGGGUCCGACAGGUCAGGGGAAGGUGAAUCAAGGGUGAAAACGGUAAUCGUAAAGAAAGGAAGUGCCCCUGUAGACCCAGAAUGCACUUUGGCCGGAAAAGCUGAGGUUUUCACCGAAGGCAAAAAUGUUUGGGACUGCAUGCUCAAUCAGACAAAUGUAAGCAAUAACAACAACAAGUACUACCUCAUCCAGCUACUGAAUGAAGGCAAGGGAAAAUUCCACGUGUGGCAACGAUGGGGUCGGGUCGGCUAUAAUGGCCAGAACAAUCUUGUACCAUGUGGAGGUGACCUGGAUAAGGCCAAGACAAUGUUUACAAAAAAAUUUACUGACAAGACGAGAAAUGAUUGGGCUAACAGAGAUAAGUUUGUUAAAGUUCCUGGAAAAUACGACCUUCUUAAGAUGGACUAUGGUGAAAAGGAAGGUGAAGAUGAAAUGGAUGCUGGGCCUUCGGGUAGUCUCAAGGACGAUACACCGGUUCCUUCCUCAAAACUGGACCAGAGGUUGCAGGACCUGGUGAAUUUGAUAUGCGACAUUAAAUCCAUGGAAGAGGCUGUGAUUGAAAUGAAAUAUGACGCCAAAAAGGCUCCUCUAGGAAAGCUAACAACAGAACAAAUCAAAGCGGGAUAUGCCGCCCUGAAAGUCAUUGAUACAUGUAUCACCAAUGGUGACUUCGGUACAAAACUAAACCGGGCAUGUGACGAUUUCUAUACCAGGAUCCCCCACGAGUUUGGGAUGCGACAGCCGCCUGUGAUACGGACCAAAGAGGUGGUAGAACUCAAGAUGCAGCUUCUUGAGGCACUUGGCGAUAUUGAAAUUGCGAUUAAGACACUGAAGAUGGGAGACCGAUCCGAGAACCCAGUGGACAGACACUACCACUCACUCAAGUGUAAAAUGGAACCAAUGGACCAUAAGUCGGACGACUUCAAGAUGAUAACAGAUUACCUGUUCAACACUCACGCCGCUACACAUAACCAGUAUAAGUACCAGGUGGUGGAUAUCUUUGAUGUUGACAAAGAUGGAGAAACAGCUGCUUUUAAAGAUUAUGGAAAUAGAAUGUUACUGUGGCACGGAUCACGUCUAACAAAUUGGGUCGGAAUCCUGAGUCGAGGAUUACGGAUAGCUCCACCGGAGGCUCCCGUUACAGGAUACAUGUUUGGCAAGGGAGUAUAUUUUGCUGAUAUGUCCAGUAAAAGCGCAAACUAUUGCUUUGCCACAAAGACAAAGAACACAGCACUCAUCCUUCUAUGUGAGGUUUCUCUCGGACAAACCCAUGACUUACUCAAUGCUGACUAUAAUGCAGCUAAGCUACCACCAGGCAAACAUAGCACAAUGGGCCUUGGCAGGAUAGCCCCUGACCCAGCUGCCAAUAAAACACUGUCUGAUGGCACAAUUGUCCCCCUUGGCAAGAGUAAAGACACAGGAGUUAAAAAUCCCAAAGGCUACACACUGAACUAUAAUGAAUUCAUUGUGUACGACACAAAACAGAUACGAAUGAAAUAUCUUGUCAAAGUGAAAUUAAAUUUCAAGUGAGGGAUUUGAGUGUCAAAUUGUACUGAAAAAUGCUCUGACAAUGUAAAAAGACAAUAACGAAGUUGAUAAAAUGCCAUAAUUAACAUUGAACUUGAAAGUUUUGUUGAAACUUAAAGUUGGAAGACAUUGGAAACUGAAAGGUCUUAUCUAGGCUGCUUGAACUCUGAAUUCUUCACCACAGAUUGAACUCUUGACCUUGUUACUUGCUGUGAUAUCACACAGAGUACCUGGUAAUUGAAUUAAUUACAAAGGUUUCAAAAACAAUGUUUUAAGACCUUUUGUUUGCAUGAUUUUUAAUAAACUUAAAGAGAAAAUAUGUAUGCUUUUUGAUUAAAAAUUUUUUUUACUUAAAAUUGGAGGGCUAAGUUGCCAAUUCACCUGAUUAUAUCAGGUCAACUUGAUGGUUUUGGUCGUAUUGUGAUUGGUUCAACCUUAAAUUGUUGGAAACACUGAUAUUUUUAUCAAAGUUUCAAUUUUUUACAGAAUAAGUUAGAAUGUACUAUAACUGUCUUAAGUUAUUCACAAAUAUGAUUGAUUACCGGUAUAUAAGGCCAUUCCACUAUUUUUGAAUGGCUAUUAACAAAUCAUAUAUUCAAACGUAACAAAAUUUUAACAGGUUAUACAAUAAUUUUGCAGUAGAAAUAGUGAUUAGAAUAGGAACACUGUAAUUAGCACAGUUAUAAUUAACCAUAAUGCUUCCUAUACGCAAAAAUUAAAAAAAAAAAAAAAAAAAAAAUAACUCAAUAAUUAUGUGAAGUGUGCAGAACACUUGACUUUAGUCAUUGGGACAAAACCUAGCAAUAGACGAAGUCGUGAAGGAGGUAAACCAGUAACUAUGCUUACAGAACAAUUUAGUCAGUGAGACAAAAUCUAGCAAUAGACGGAGUCAUGUAGGUGGUAAACCAGUAACUAACGCCAACAGAACACUGACUAUAGUCAGUGAGACAAAACUUAACAACAGACAGAGUCAUGUAGGUGAGAACUAUAAUAGUAACUAAUGCCUGUAGAUCACUAAAUAAGUGAGAUGCAACCUACUAAUAACUAAUGCAGACAGAACACUGACUGUAGUCAGUAAGACAAAACUUAUAGCAAUAUAGGUGGAGUUAUGUAGGGGUUAACCAGUUACUAGUGCCUACAGAACAUUAGCUAUAGCCAGUGAGACAAAACAGUGGCGAAAUAAGGGAGAGUUGAUAUUUCUUCAACCAUUAUUAACAUAUAUAAAUAUACAAUAAAAAAGGUGAGGCACUCAUUCAUCAAUUGAUAAUACAUGUGGUUUUGACAUGGAAAGCUUUGUAUUAGGUAUUGAAAACCAUUAAUAUCGUCUCCCAUUAGCAUGUAAAGUGUAAAUUGUAUGUUGUUAAAGACUUGUGACAAUUUCGCUUCUGAUCCAUCUUUGAUACUCCAGGGGUUACAUUUACGUUAACUCUCUAAACCCCUGAUAUAUAUUUCGUGGCAAAUUUGAAGACAAGCAGUCAAUUCCAUGUAGCUACUUAAUUGUUGUCGGGAGAAAAACCUACCAAAUCGCAAAGCUGAUGCAUUUGAAGAAGACGACCAAUUUCAAAGCCGAUCAUUUUAACAGUAUGGUAACCUUGAUAUUCAAUUUAUGUUUAUGAAUAGAUCCAUCUAAGUCUGCCUUCAAUUUUAUGAGGGCAUAUUCCAGGGGUGCAGAGAGCGAAAGUGAAUGUAACCCUGUAUUAACGAAGAUGAUUCUGACCAAUAAGAGGCUUUCUUAUGUUGACCAGGCAGCUAUUCUGUAUAUAUUAACACUAUCUUCAAUGUCAACCGAACAUUGACUUAAUCUCCAAUCAGAUGAACCCUAGCAAUUCAAGAAGCAGUUUCAUAGUCGGAAAAGUUUUUACUCUCCACCUGCCCAUUUACAGUAAUCCUAACAUUUGAAAAUUAAUACAUGAUCAUUCGCUUUAAAUAAUCAUGUGUAAGGCUUGAUUAAAAUCUGGUAAACCCCGGGAGGAUUUGUCAAGUACUUCAGAACAGUACUUUAUUGCUGUGGAAUUGGCUUAGUUUUGUGUAAUAAGACACCUGUCCUUUUAAAUAGUAUUUAAUUUGUACAUGAAUGUGUCAUUUGUACCAUUUCUGAUAAUCAGUAUUCUGCUUGUUAGAAAGCGCAGUAAAAAAGAAAGAAAAAAAAGAAAAAGCCAGAUACCAAAGCACAAUAGAAUUACAGAUGUUUAAUGGAACUUUAACUACUGUAUAUUUGGCUGUGGUACAGCAGUAUAUCUUCUGGGUAUGUGAAACAAGAACAGAAUAAUCUGUUGGGUAAAUUUCCAAGAACCAAGUUCAGGUUGAAUUCAUGUGUGUUGUGAUUCAUAUACCACAUUAUAGUAGGUGUCUUGAUGAUAUCUAUACAGUGGUAAAAUCAAACAAAUCAAAAUAGAAUAGAAGUCCCAACUCCUAAUUUAUAAGCCAGCUUUCCAAACAGUAUAUAUUCUACUUGCUUAUAUAGCUUGUUGCUGACGUGUUUCUGGGUAUAUGGGAACAGAAAUACCCCAGCAAAAACAGGUUUUGUAAAA